CGUCGACGGAGCAUUGAGAAUCCCUGUUUUGUGUCGCUUUAAGUUUUCGAGUAUUUCUGCAGUUACUUUUUGAUUGGCACCAACCAGAACGACCAUGUCCCUGGAACCCAAGAAGGAGAUUCCCCUUACCGGAAUGGAUAAAAAUGAAGUGUCCCCAAAAACGGAGGAGAGUCCGAAUACGGUACCGAUAAAUGAUAUCAUGCCCCAGAAUGAAACUGAUAAUGCUCCCAUGGAGGAAACCGCCCAGAAAUCGGAGGAGGCUCCAAGUAUUAUGCAACAGAAUGAAACUAACGAUGUCCCCAUGGAGGAAAUCCAUACGAAUCCUAUCCCUAUAAUUUAUAAUAUACCUCCGAAUGAAACUAUUGAUGCUCCCAUGGAGGAAAUCUGCCAGAAAUCGGAGGGGGGUUCGAAGUCCGUCCCGAAAAUGAAUGUUAUGACUCAGAAUGAAAUUAUUGAUGCUCCCAUGGAGGAAAUCGGCCAGAUAUCGGCGAAGGAGCCAAAUCCUAUCCCAAUAAUUCAUAAUAUACCCCAGACUGAAACUAACGAUGUUCCCACGGAGGAAGUCCCCCAGAAAUGGGAGGAGGAUAUACCUCCGAAUGAAACUUUUGAUGCUUCCAUGGAGGAAAUCUGCCAAAAAUCAGAGGGGGCUGCUAUGACUCAGAAUGAAAUUAUUGAUGCUCCCAUGAAGGAAAUCGACCAGAAAUCGGAGAAUAAGCCGAAUCCUAUCCCAAUAAUUGAUAAUAUACCCCAGACUGAAACUAAUGAUGUUUCCAUGGAGGAAAUCCCCCAGAAGUCAGAGGAAAACCCCCAGCAAUCGGAGGAGAAGACUGUGACUGAAGUGAAGGGUACUACUUGUAAAGCCAAGCCGGCAGAGCAGGAGGCCUCUACCUCGUUUGUCAUGGUGGAGGAGCCGAACACGAUCAUCGAGCUGGUUGAUCUCUAUGUGCCACCCGUUUCGCUGGUCCCCAGCAAGGUGAUUUUCAUGAACAACGACGCAACGCGUCCGUUCUUCUCGCCAGCAGUGCCCCAGGCACUGGUCAAGAACAACACCACUUUGCUGUACACCGAAUCCACCGGCACCUCCGUGGAGACCCCGUCCUACUCCUCUUCCGUGGCUGGCGAAGCCGACAGGCCAGCGAAGGGCGGUCGUAGGCGUGGCCGGAAGCCUGCCACGCCCAAGCCCCGUCCCACCAAGCGUCGUCGUCGCGCGCUGUCGCCACCACCAUUGCCCCCGCCCCCGAACUUCCUGGAGAACUGCAUCAAUCCGCUGGAGAAUGAGAUCUAUCCCAAGGUCAUCGUGCAGCCGGCUCACCAGCCAUGGGUGCUGCCCAGGGAUCUCAAUGGCGGCAAUCCGCCGAAGGUGGAGGUCAAGCCGCCCGUGGCCGUUCCGGUCAGCAGUGAGGUGUCCACUUCGACCACCCAGUCGCAGCCAGCGGUCAGCGAGAAUCAGCUGCGCCAGAAGCUCCAGCUCUUCGGGCCGGAUGUCCAGCUGUCGCAGCUGCGGGGUCACGACCCCGCACGCUACAAGGCCGUGCGUCAGGAGGCAAAUGGCGACCAAAGUCAGCUGAUUUUCACCGCCCAGCAGCUGGUCUCGUUCAGCCAAAACCACGGCAAGUUCAUAGAGAUGCUCUCGGCCCAGGGGAACCUGCCCACGCCCACGCCGGCCAUGAUUUCGCACUACUUCCCCGGUCCCGGGGGUCAACUGCUGGCCAGUCAGUACUUUGCCAGUCAGCAAAAUGCUUUCAAGGCUCCCGAUCCGAUCUUCAAGGUGCCAACAAAGAGACCUCCGCAAGUCCCAGCCGCCGCCGCCUUGCGCGCCUUAAAUCCCACAUAUUUGCGUGGCGGUCCCGGUCCUUCAAAUGUCUUCCGUAAGGCAGCUGCCCCGAGUGCCCCGAGUGCCCCAACUGCCACAUUUGCCCCAGCUGCCCCAGCUGCAUCAUCAGCUGCUCCUGAAGCUCAGGCCUCUAGUCCACCGGAAUACAAAAAGCCGCCGUUCGUAAUCACCCCGGUACUCGCUUUGCCCUCGAUCCUCAAGCACAAGUCCCAGGAGAAGCUGCGCAACACUCUGCAGAUCCAGCGGGCCAAGAAAGCAGCCGAGGAGCAGUCCAAAUUGGCCCGGGCGAACCAGGACAAGGAAAACAAGGAGGAGGGCAAGGAUAAGCAGGCCUAAAAUCAAGGAUAAACCACUAUUUUAGACCCCACAAGGAAAUCAAAAAAAAAAAACAGAAAAAAUUGGUAAAGCCUAUCUCAUAAAAUGUAUGAUAAU